AUGCUGACUUUAAAUAACAGGAGAGUGAAAGGCUUCACUUGGAUCAUAGCCCCGGCCUUGACCUCCCUAGGCUACCUGCUCAUACUACUGGUCUCCAUCUUCCCCUUCUGGGUACGGCUUAUGAAUAAGGAGUCCCAGGAAGACUAUUUCAGUGGUCUGUUUGAGAACUGCUUCCAUAUCAAAUGCUGGAAACCUCGACCCUUGUCCAUUUAUAUCCUGCUUGGCCGGAUUUUCCUGCUUGCUGCAGUCAUCUUGUCUUUUGUCACAACCUUCAUCAUGGUGUCCUUUGCAGCUCAGCUCUUCCCAAGGAUCCGGAAGCACAACUUUGUGUCAGCCUCCAUCAGCUUCCUCACAGGGGCCUGUGCUUUCCUGGCCUUGUUGCUGCAUGCCCUGGAGAUCCGGGAGUUGAGGAUGAAGCCCAGCCCUCCACAGUUCUCUGUUCAGUGGCCUUACUACAUCCUGGGUGUUGGCAUCCUUCUGUUCAUAGUGGCUGGUACAAUGUGCCUCUUUGAAGAAGCAACCUGCCUUAGCCGCCACUUGUUGCCCAUUUCCCAGAGAAUUGAGGAGACCCAAGGGAUUCCACACCUGGAGAAACUAGAAAGUUUUGGAGGAGAACUGAGCUCAAUACAAAAGGAGACCCUGCUGAAGAAAGAAACAAUUAUCUAA